AUGGCUCGCGGUAUCGUGAAUGCCGCCAAGUCGGCGGCCAAUGUCGUCUCUAUUAACCAGAAAUACACCGUCCAGUCCACCGGUGUCUGGGAGCGGAUCCGCCGCCUUCUCGCUAUCGACCCCAACCGUUCCACCGGUGUCCCCCUGAACUCCCAGUACCGUCUUCCCACCCCGGGAUCUAUUCCUCCUUUGGCCUACGAUGACCCCGUCACCGUCCCCGCCGCCGACCUGGCCGACAACCCAUACUGGAAGCGGGAUGUCCGUCGGAGUUACCCCCAGCUGAGCACUGUGAGCCAGGCCGAUGCAGUGGGCCUUCUUACAGUCGGUAGCCAGGCUGCUCCCAAGGACGAUGUCCUGAAGCUCGGAGAGGCUGGAGAGCAGCAGCUGGUUGCUGUCAAGCAGCAGGGCGAAGAGCGCGGUCUCGCAGCUCUCUUCGAGCAAGAUAAGAAGAGCAUCCAAGGUGUGCUCGGUGCCAAUGGCUUGCCUCCUCUUCCCUGCAACAUCAACACUACCCCGAAGGCCACACAAUCCAAGUACGAGCUUGGUACGGAGAAUGGCUACCCCGAGAAGUAUGCACCGCCAAUUCCUCGCUCACUUGGUCCAAGCUAA